AUGUCUUCGUCCGUCCAAGGUGGUGCUGACCAAGACUGGGAGCUGGUCGACGACGAAAAAGUGCUUGCUCUGCACACACAACUCAGGAAAUUGUGUGCAGAUUUGGAGGUACUCAUAGUUUGAAGAGAAUGAUGUAGUGGUCUACACUUUUGGUGUUGUCUGUCAGAUAUUCAUUUUACUUUAUGAUUUGUUUCAACAUUAUGUUUAUUGGGUUCUUAGUCUUUGAUCAUCGUCUGUUACAGAAAUAAGCCGCGUCGUGUUCUUCGUUUUCUUGCCAACUUCAAAUAAUGUUCCUGAUGCUUCGUUGUUGAAAACCGAAUAACCACCAGGCAGCAACAAAGGAUGGGACGAGUAAGGCUUCAACGAUAGCAGGUCUAGAGGACAAGGUGAAAAGCCUAGAAGCCGCGUUGGCCAAAGCGGAGGCGGAACGAGAAGAACAUGUCCGCAAACUGGAAGGUGUCAAGAAAGAUGUUGCCAACGAGCAGGAACGUCGCGCCUCCGACAGCACUGUUUGGCAGCGUCGUCUGGAUGAAGAGAAGACGGCGCGCAAAGAAAAAGAAGCACUCCUGGAGGAAAUCCUAAGCGUUGAGAAAAAACAUGCCGAACAGAAUGCUGAAAAACUCAACAAGGAAUUGCAAGAACUGCGCACAAAAUACGAGGUACUUAGGCUAAACGCGACCGUGAGAUGCACCUGUUCAUGUUUUGUUGUCCAAAAUGUUUCAUUUUCCUUCUCGGUUGUAAGUAUGCCUUCUUUACGUAUAUCUAUUGUAUGUCGACCAUCUCCUGUUAUUGCAUUAUCUUCACAAUUCAACAAGCUUGCUCUAGUUCCAGUGAGUAGCACACACAUAUUUUUUCUGUUCUUACUUUCAUCACGUAGGAUAUUGUUUUUCAUGAUCCCGGACUAACCUGUUUUUCAGCACGACGUGACGACGAUACGACAGAAGUUGGAGCACGAAAAGAUGCAUCUUCAAAGCCAAAUCGACCUCGAACGCACAAAUUCUGCGGCGCACAUCCAGAACCUGCUAGAUGCGCAGAAGACGCAUGAGCAGACACUAAAGAAACAGCAUGACGAUUCCAUUUCGGAUUUGAAGACGCAGCUGAGCGAUGAACGCACAAAAGCAGCUGAGAUGAAGAAACAGCUCUAUAAAACCUCUGAAAUCGAGAAACGCACCUUCGAGCUGGAGAAAAAACAACUCACUGAAGACAUUGGGAAAAUGAAGGUACUAAGAGUGGUACUAUGAUGAACAUCUCUCUGUAACACAUACAUCAUGCACCCCGCCAUGAGGAAUGUUUGAUCUAUAUAUUUAUAUUGAGCAUCGGCAUCGCGAUCGCUCUAUCCUUCUUGUCAUGAUAUCAAAUGAUCCUUUGCACCACCAGAUUGCAACCUGCUCGAAGACGGUGGAGCAACUCUUGAUUGUUCCUUAUUUCCAACCCGAAUAUCUUCAGGCACGCAUUUCCGAUGUGGAACGUGAAAAGAGCCUCAUCGAAGAGGCGAAGAAGUUGGACCAGGAGCAGAAGGAAAAGGAUAUCCGCGAACGUGUCAAACAAAAAUCUGAAGUCGAGCAAGUGCUGGAAACGGUACGUCAAAAACUUGAGGCUGCGAAGAAAGACCGUGACGCCUUCGAAGCGACCGCUACUGAAAUGAAACGGGAACGCGAUGCAGCAAAAACUGAUAGCGAGCGCGCAAAAGCGGACGUGCUAGCUGAACAAGAGAAGCUGAAAACAGCUGAAAGCGAGAAAAAAGCAGCGGAAAAAGCAACAGAAAACAGCAAAAAAGAAUGGGAAAAAGAAAAGGAGACGCUAAAGUACUUUACCAAUGAAUCUUGUUAUUUUGUCUUGUUAUCAUUUUUUUUGAUGACACCGCAUAAGCUACUUGCCUUCACCGCGUGUUGUACACCCGAGCCAAUGCGUUUUCAGCUGGCUUCUUCUAGAUAUCCUAACUGUAUUCAGCUUAGCGCCGGGAAUGGGAGAUAUUCUUGAUUUCUAUUACCGUUUUGGAUAAAUGUCAGAGUUCAAGGAGGGCCAUGUCUCCCAGCAACAUUUUACUUCUUUGCUCACCAGAUCUGCAGCGAUUGCUUCGGAGAAGAGUGCAAGUGAGCUCGAGGAGACGCUCCGCAAAAAAGCGUUGGAGAUUGCUGCGGUGAACACGAGCUUGAGCCAGCAGCAGCAAGAGGUAGCACGCUUGGAGAAGGAGAAAGCUGAGGUGAACGAUACAAAUGCGUCCAUUGAGAAGGAAAACAAAGCCGUUCUGGAGAAACUCCAAAAGUUACGGUCGGGACGACAUUGUUGUUUUUUGAGUGCUUAGGUCUCGUUUAGAAUUUUUAGAUCAUUGUUCCUUUCCUAUCCCUAUGUGUCACAACUAAUAGGACGAAUGGAAAACCUGUAAUCUUUGUGCUGAUUUGAAUACAAGUACAACAAGUAGUUAAUAAUAGCAAUGCAACUCGCAUCAAGUAGCCACUGCUUCUUCUCUAAGAAAUGCAGUUGCUGACCUGACGAACGAGAAUCGUGACCUAACCGGAAAGAAGGAGCAGGUUGAAAAAGAGCGGGAUGACGUGAAAAGCAACUAUGUAGAAUUGGUAGAGACUACGAAGCGGGCUUUGGAAGCGGAAAACGCACGCCUCACCGCAGAAGUCAAUAAAUUGCAAGUGCAGGUAUCAGAAAAGGACAACGAACUCGAGAUGAUGCGCAAGAUUCGAGAAGGAGACUCCUGGUAAAAACGACGCAAAGUGCUCGUACACGAAGCCAGAGAUACAGAAGAAGAAGCAGAAGAAUCGACGACUCUCGAAGUACAAAACUUUCGACAUGUAGAGGAGGCUAUGGUGGUUUUUCCCUCAUCUCAACAACAGUGUUGUACCUGAAAAUUCUGACGUCUUCCAACCAGAGUUCUCGAGACAUAAAAGCCUGACUUUUGUGAUCUCUAGAAGCAGGAGCACCAGAUGAUGAGUUGCUGUGUGCGUCGUCGCAACAGGGAGAGGGCCUGCGCCAUUCAAGAAAGACCUGAUUGAUCACGACUGACACGCUAGUACACAUGUUGCUCUUACUGUCAUUUUUGUCUUUUUGUGCCAUGAUCGUCUUAGCUCGAUCACGAUUGAGAAUUUAAUAAGAGCUUCCUGUCUGAGGUUCGGAUCGAUUUUCCUUGAUGAAGAUGCCGUUGAGGAUUGACGAACGACGUUAAUAUUCGAUAAAGUCACAUGAUGAUCAAUGAAGAUAUGGUUGUAAGUAAGUAGUUUUGUUGUUUUGAUUUAUCUGACUUUCUCUCUAAAUUUUUCCAGUUGAUGAAGAUGUUGAGUGGUAGUUAGUAAGUUGGAUGUGGCUUACUUCUGGUUCUGAUGAUAUAAGAGAACAGAUAAUGUCAAUGCCAUAUUAAAGUGAUCGCUAAGUACCGAGUGCAGAAACAACAAUACGAUCCCUAUUUCGACGUUGAUUAAGAUUCGAUGAGGUACAUAUUUAUAAUAAAAAAAUAAAAAUAUGUUGUUAGUGAAUACAGUAGUUGUAGAUGUAGUUCAGAAUAUGGGUGAAGAUGCAACGACCUCCACCAGUAUCCAAUUAUUUAUUCGGCUGCAACUGUGAUUUGACAGUCGGCACCCGCUGCCUCUUCAUCUUCUGUCAGACGAAGAUAUUGUUGCUACUUGCUCCGCUCGUCAUUACUUAACAAACUACUUCUUAGAUGAAGGUUGAUGACAAGAAGUGAAACCGAUCGUCGUGCUGGAUGAAUCUACCACACCGCACGGUAGAAAAUUCAAUUUGUCGACGGGGGACGAUGAGGUACGAUUAUUCACGGUGAAAAUAUAGAAUCCCAGAAAACGAGGUGUAAACACUUAUUAGCGAGCAUAGUCAUUUACUUAGUCGACUGAAUAAUUUCUGUUUGAUGUUGAGCUCUUCGUGGACUUCAAUUACUGAUAGGUGCAACUGUAAUGGAUGUUUGAGUUGUUCAAAAUUGUCGCUCUAGGUCUAGUCAUUGUAGUAAGUAGAAUAUUUGAGUCAUUAUGAUAAGUUAGUUGUUGUAACAGCAUAGAUAUGUAUGAUCUUCUAUCUAGAUUUGAUCCUCCUAUUGAUGAAGCACCCGUUGAAGAUAGUGAUAGAAGAACGUCAACGAUCUGCGGGAUUAUGUCUAGUAUUAGUCCUUGAUCCCCUACUUCCGCCUGUCCUUAUUUUGUUCUUAAGAUGUAUGACACUGACCACGACCAAUUCAUUUUCAUAGUAUGAUUAUAUAUAACUGUAUAAAUAUGUGUACUCAUAUUCUUGUAGACCACUUAUCAUUACUCUUAACUUGUUUUGUACCACAGUACUUAUUCAAAAAUAAUCGAAAGCUGCGGGGGGUCUUUUCCUUUCGGCAUUCCGUCUAUGCUAGCAGG